UUGCUGCCGCAAAGGAUCAUGGGUAAUAGAUCACCUUCUUCUUCUCGCUCUGCGGGAGGAGGCUCCAUCGCGUUGCAGCCAAUCUUGCUGAAUUUGGGCCGAAUGUUGUCCAUCGUCGACGCGGGACGCCCCUGAUCACGACUUUAGUGGACUAGAACGUCAUUCGUCCAAUCUUCGUGCCCUCCGGUUGGAGUCGUCUCGUGCACGUUGAAGCUUCUCGGCCUAGCUUAGUUGAUCUUAUUUUUGCUUGCUAACAAAGAAACACGUUUGUGAUCAACACUUCGCUAAACAGAGAUUCAGCGUGAGCGUAGAGCGGAAAGUGUUUUGAUCGGCGUGUGAAAAUGUGUGCGAGAAGGACAGCAGAGUACGAGGAUGAACUUUGUGGCCCAAAAGAGGAGAAGGAGCCACAUCGGCAACUAGUGGACGCUGGGUUCAAUCUGCAGGCUCGAACUGUGCCACGCAGAGCAGACAUCACUGAAGGUCUUCGUACUGAGCGGCAGGAGACAGAGCCCCCUCACAUUAAAGAGGAAGUGGUGGAUGAAGAGGUCCACCACAUCAAAGAGGAAGAGCCCAUUUCGAUUAAAAAAGAGGAGGAAGAAGCGCACCCCCACAUCAAACAGGAAGACGAGGAGAAGGAUAUCACAAAAUUUCCAUCGACUGGUGUCCCUUUAAAGAGUGAAGAAGAAAGUCAAAGUGAGGAGAGGAGAGGGGCGGAGCCUCCAAGCAGCAGCUCAAAUCAACACAUGACAACAGAAGGUGAUGGAGACCACUGUGGAGGAUUACAAGCAGACGGCCUCUUAGCUCCACUAUCGGAUAGUCACGACAUGACGUCAGACUCUCUUCGCACUGAUGAUGAUGAUGAUAAACCGUCUGAAAGUGAUACGAUAUGUCACAGUGACAACAAACGAUGGAAAUGUUCUCAGUGUGGGAAAAUAUUUGCUCAAAAGAGGAUUUUGAAACGACAUGUGAGAACACACACUGGAGAGAAACCUUUUUCUUGCUUAGUUUGUGGUAAAAGUUUCUCUGAAAGGGGAAAUUUAAAAAUGCACACAAGAACCCACACUGGUGAGAAACCUUUUUCCUGCUCAGAUUGUGGUAAAAGUUUCUCUGAAAGGGGAAGUUUAAAAAAACACGCAAGAACCCACACUGGUGAGAAACCUUUUUCCUGCUCAGAUUGUGGUCAACGAUUCUCUGUAAAGGGAGGUUUAAAAAAACACACAAGAACCCACACUGGUGAGAAACCUUUUACCUGCUCAGAUUGUGGUCAAAGAUUCUCUGUAAAGGGAGGUUUAAAAAUACACGCAAGAAUCCACACUGGUGAGAAACCUUUUUCCUGCUCAGUUUGUGGUAAAAGAUUCACUCAGAAGGGAAAUUUAAAAAUACACACAAGAACCCACACUGGUGAGAAACCCUUUUGCUGCUCAGAUUGUGGUCAACGAUUCUCUGAAAAGGGAAGUUUAAAAAAACACACAAGAACCCACACUGGUGAGAAACCUUUUUCCUGCACAGUUUGUGGUCAAAGAUUCACUGAGAAGGAACACUUGACAAGACACACAAGAACCCACACUGGUGAGAAACCUUUUUCCUGCUCAGAUUGUGGCCAAAGAUUCUUUAAGAAGGAACACUUGGAAAGACACACAAGAACACACACUGGUGAGAAACCUUUUUCCUGCUCAGAUUGUGGUCAAAGAUUUUCUGAAAAGGGAACUUUACAUAAACACACAAGGACCCACACUGGAGAGAAACCCUUUUCCUGCUCAGUUUGUGGUAAAAGAUUCACUCAGAAGACGGAUUUAAAAAAACACACAAGAACCCACACUGGAGAGAAACCUUUUUCCUGCUCAGUUUGUGGUCUAAGAUUCUCUGUGAAGGGAACCUUAAAAAUACACACAAGAACACACACUGGUGAGAAACCUUUUUCCUGCUCAGAUUGUGGUAAAAGAUUCUCUGAAAGGGGAAGUUUAAGAAAACACGCAAGAACCCACACUGGUGAGAAACCUUAUUCCUGCUCAGAUUGUGGUCAACGAUUCUCUGUAAUGGGAAGUUUAAGAAAACACGCAAGAACCCACAUUGGUGAGAAACCUUUUUCCUGCUCAUUUUGUGGUAGAAGAUUCACUCAGAAGACAGAUUUUAAAAAACACACAAGAAGCCACACUGGUGAGAAACCGUUUUCCUGCUCCGUUUGUGGUCAAAGAUUCACUCGGAAGGAACACUUGACAAGACACACAAGAACCCACACUGACAUCACUGAAGAUCUUCAUACUGAGCGGCAGGAGCCAGAGCCCCCUCACAUUAAAGAGGAAGUGCAGGACAAAGCGGUCCACCACAUCAAAGAGGAAGAGGAGGAAGAAGUGUGUCCCUACAUCGAAGAGCAAGACAAGGAGGAGGAUAUAACUAAGUAUCCAUCGACUGAUGUCCCUUUGAAGAGUGAAGAUGAAGGUCAAAGUGAGGAGAGCAGAAGGGCGGAGCCUCCAAGCAGCAGGUCAAGUCAGCACAUGUCAACAGAAGGUGAUGGAGCCCACUGUGAAGGAUCACAAGCAGACGGCCUCUUAGCUCCACUAUCAGAUAGUUGAGACAUGACGUCGCAAUCUACUCAAACUGAUGAUGAUGAUGGACAGUCUGAAGUUGAUAUGACAUUUCAGACUGACAAGAAACAAUGGAAAUGUUCUCAGUGUGGGAAAACAUUUGCUUAUAAGAGCAUUUUGAAAGAACAUGUGAGAACACACACUGGUGAGAAACCUUUUUCCUGCUCACAUUGUAGUCAAAGAUUCUCUGAAAAGGAAAACUUGAAAAAACAUACAAGAACCCACACCGGUGAGAAACCCUUUUCCUGGAUAGUUUGUGGUCAAACAUUCUCUUAUAAGUAUCAGGCUAAGACACACAAGUGUGCUGGUGAGAGUAGCAGUGAUCAAAAGCUUUUAAUGCAAAUUUAAAUGUUUAAAACAGUUAUUACUAUGUUACAGACUGACAAAAAAAUACAUUCUUGUGUUCUGUGUAGCAGCUUUUGUUGUAUCAUCUUCAUGUCCAUAUGUUUUCUCAAAGCCUCCCGCUGGUAAGUGUUGAGAAUUAGCACUGUUUACCUUAGUUUGUAUCACUUUAAUGAUGACAUCCUAUUAAAUUUGCCAUUUUUGCUGUA